GUUUCAACUUUGAUCUCCAGCAUCUGCAGACCUCACUUUCUCCUGGAGGGUUAACAAGCCUCAGUGGAGGGGGAAAGGUUGAGAAGGACAGCUAAUCAUGGUAACCUCAAUCAGUGCAGGAAUUGGACCAUGUUGUUAUCAUUACUUUACAGUAUAAACCAAACAUCUAGCCAAAUAAGCUAACCAACCCUCCUAGCUAUAGUGACCCUGUAUAAAACAGGGUAUGAUUUGGUCACAAGUGAAGUAGUGUCAAGUUCCAGGUAACACACUUAAAGAAGAAUAUGUACAUGUUGGAGAGGGUGCAGAAAAGAUUAAGGUGAUUGGUACCAAAGUUGAGAAUCGACUGCAGAAGCUGGGGUAGUCUCCAUGGAGAAGUUAGGAUUGGGAACAGAUUUUAAUGGGGUGUACUAAAUCAUAAGGAGUAUCUACAGAGUACCCAGGGAGAAACUACAUUAUUGGAAGGAUCAAGAAUAAAGUGACACAGAUUUAAGAUGAUUGAUGAAAGAAGCUGUGAAUAUAUGACAAAGACUUUUUUUAAAACAGUCAGUGGUUGGCAUUUUGGAAUGUCCCACCUUAAACUUUAGUGGCGAUUAAAUCAUGGCAGUUGAAGAAUUCAAUCAUUGUCUGAAGCAGAGGAAUUUGUCAGAAUACGAGAAAGGUGGGGCUGGGGUUGACACCAGGCUUCUGCAGAAAACCAGUACUAACAAUGGGCUGAAUGGCCUCAUUCUGCACUGUAGGGAUUCUACAAUUCUGUAAUUUCAUAUUCAUUUAUAUAGAGCUUGUCAUUGUGCCUGCCUUCGGCUUAUCACCCCUGAUUUUCUUAAUGAUUGAAAAUCUAUCUCAGUCAUAAACAUAGUUAAUGACCCAGCCUUGACAGCCCUCUGUAGAAAGGAUUCCUCAGGAUCACCAGCCUCUGAGAGAAGAAACUCCUCCUCAUCUCUGUCUUAAAUGGAUGGCUCCUUACUCUGACAUUACGCCAAGGGUGAAUAUGUUGACAAAAGAGCAAAGAAGAUUUCGUGCAUGUCAACUCAUUAAUCAGCUGCUGGUUCCUAUUGAAAACAUUCGCAGCGUUUGGAUCACGAUUAUUAGCCUUCACCUCUGGAACAAAUGGUGCAUGAACCCAGAUCUCCUGUUUCAAAGGCUGCGAAAUGCUGUUGGUUUCGAUGGACAGUCCAGUGAGGAUCAGUCACAAUCACCAGUGAGAGCUGAUAGUGACAUUUACCAAAACCCAUCGUCAGACAGCGACAAAGUCUAUUACCAGUUGUCCGCAAGCAUGCCAAGAGCAAAACGACAUUCAGAUGCAAUUUUCACCAACGAAUACAGCAAACUGCUUGGUGAAAUAGCUGCUAGGAAAUAUCUGGAAUCACUGAUGGGGAAAAGAACCCAGGAUGAGCACAACGCAAGCAAACGUCACUCUGAUGCUGUAUUCACUCAUAUGUACACCACUCUCCUGCAGGAGAAGGCAGCGAAAGAAUUUCUCGAAAGGAUAGCAAAUGGCCAGACAAGCAGCCAGCAAGAUCCAAACUCAGCUGAUACCUUAGACAACCCCUCGCCUGUUGAAAAUUAUGUCAGUGAUGCGAUUUAGAGUCAGCUUCAAGAUUAGAAUCUCUGAAGACCUCCGAAUUAUUGAGCUGAAAACUACAUACAGCCUUUUUCCUUUAUUAAUCAGGAGAGAAUGCAUCAGACUCCAAAGCUAGUAUGUUGUGUAGUGAAAGUCUUGGUGACCUAUUUAGUUCCUUGUAAAUGAGAGUCACUGUUCAUUCACUAUAAAUAACAUCUUUUUUUGGUCAACCUUUGUCUAAAAGUUAUAUAUACCUAUUAAAUAUAUAUUGACAAUGUUACUCUUCUAUACUGCCCUAACCCCUAAUAAAUGUAUUGAAUGCAGCAUGUGAAAGACACACUGUAUUAACUUACGUUGUAAACGUACCCACUACACUCAAGGCUGUUAAUGAGUUCUCAAUUGUUAUCACUUCUGGACUAUAAACUUUGAAUUAUA